AUGGGUUGUAGUGUAGGAUAUUUUGGACCCGAAUGUGAAUUACCCUGUCGAUACCCAAACUAUGGAGAUGGUUGCCAGUCAGCGUGUUUAUGUGUUCAGCAACUUUGUGAUCACAUAAAUGGAUGCAAAGAGUGUCCACUCGGUUUCGUAGGAGAGUCAUGUCAACGAAAUUGCUCAUAUCCACAUUAUGGUGAAAAUUGCAAGUCAGAAUGUAAAUGCAGAGAAGAACAGUGUGAUUUUGUUACUGGUUGUGGAGGUGAGGGAAACGAAAUGUUUUACAAUGAAGGUAGGGAAGACAACUGCACGUCUACGGGAAGAUACAGAAAUUCAAACGCACUCCUUUCUAGCAUUAUUGCUCUUAGUUUUAUAGCAUUCAUUCAGUUUAUUUUUUAUCUGUAUUUUUCAAUUUUCUACAAACCUCGGUUGUUGUACAUCACAAGGUUUUGAUUUAAGACGCUAAUCUUAAAUGUAAUUAACUUAAUAAUUAAGUUUAAGGAUAUAUAUUACAAACAAAAUUUUGUCAUAGCUAUUGCAAAUAACAACCUGAGU